AUGAUUCAAGAUGGACUAACAGAUGAGUAUCUUCCUCUUUCGCUUGAGGAAGGUAAACCUAAAGGUGUCUUGGUAUCUAAAAAGGGUGGAUAUUCGAAAGAAUUCAAGUGUUUCGCCUCCCAAGUGGGAGCCAGGGACUUUCUUCAGAGGCAAUGGAUGGUUCAGGCGCCCUUAUUUAACAGCCCUGGUGCACAUUUCGAAAUGGACACGAAUUGCGCUCUACCGCUUACUGAGUGUGACGAGGCGGCUGUGGGUCCCUUCGCCGUCGUUUACAAAGGAGCAAUCCACCGAGCCCAUCACCAGGGCUUCGGAGCGAAUGGAUCCGAUCUUCUAGUCGCUGUCAAAGAGUUCAAAACAGAGGAGCUCUUUGAGAAGGAGAAGGAGAAUUUGCAACAAAUUCAGUCUCUUAGCCACGAGCACCUCAUCAAGAUCAUCGCGACUUGUUCAAGGGAUCGCUUUUAUUAUGUUCUCUUUCCAUGGGCUGACGGUGGAAACCUAGGAGACCUUUGGAAACGAGAAGAUGGUAAACGAACCCGUGAGCUCACUCUAUGGUCUCUGGGCCAGAUGCUGGGUAUUUCCAAAGCGCUUUUGGCCUUGCAUUCGGAAAACUGUCGCCAUGGAGACCUCAAGCCAGAAAAUGUCCUGCACUUCAAGAAGGAAGCUAAAGAUCCUGGAACAUUGGUCAUCGCAGAUGUGGGCGUCUCAAAGUUCCACCAGCAAGCAACAAAUAUGAGAAGUGAGCCAACAGACACCAGGGCCACAACGCCGAUAUACGAAGCGCCGGAAGCACAACCCGAUGUGAAGGACCCGCGAUCGCGCAGAUAUGAUAUGUGGUCCAUGGGCUGCAUGUUUCUCGAACACAUCGUUUGGCUUCUAUACGGGCAUGAUGCUAUGCUACGAUUUCGAAAUUCGAGGAAGUCGACGGACCCGGAAAUAAGAGACGGCAGUUUCUACAGGCGUGUACACAGGCUGGGGAAGACUCAGGACGAGUCCUCAGACCAAGUGGCAGAUCAGUCCCCAGAUCCGAAGGAUCUCCUCCAUCCGAAGGUCUUGAAAGCCUUCGAAAAGCUCCGGGAAGACUCAAAUUGCCAACCCGGGACGGCACUUGGCGAUCUUGUCAAGCUUAUUUCUGAAGAUUUGAUGGUUGCCGUUGAUCAGCGCAUAGGAGCCAUUGAGUUGGUCGACAAGCUGGGGAGAAUCGUCGAUCAAGCUAAACGUUUGGAUUACUUGCGCAUCAAAUUUGAUGAUCCAGUGGGCAAAAAGCGAUUUUUGGACAUUUUUUCCCGCUUACGAAGUCGAGGGUGA